AUGUUAGAAGCUAAAUUCUCAGAAGCAUCCUUAUUUAAAAGAAUCAUUGACGGUUUCAAAGAUUGUGUCCAACUAGUCAAUUUCCAAUGUAAAGAAGAUGGUAUCAUCGCACAAGCUGUCGAUGAUUCUCGUGUUCUUUUGGUCUCUUUAGAAAUCGGUGUAGAAGCAUUCCAAGAAUAUAGAUGUGAUCAUCCUGUUACUUUAGGUAUGGAUUUAAAUUCAUUGAGUAAAAUCUUACGUUGUGGUAAUAAUUCAGAUAAUUUAACUUUAAUUGCUGAUGAUACUCCUGAUUCUAUCAUCUUAUUGUUUGAAGACACUUCAAAGGAUAGAAUCGCUGAAUAUUCUUUAAAAUUAAUGGAAAUUGAUGCAGAUUUCUUAAGAAUUGAAGAACUACAGUAUGAUACUACUUUAAUGAUGCCGUCCACUGAAUUCUCUAAAAUUGUAAGAGAUUUAAGUCAACUAUCAGAUUCUUUAAACAUUAUGAUCACAAAGGAAACAAUAAAAUUUGUUGCUGAUGGUGAUAUCGGUUCAGGUUCCGUCAUCUUAAAACCAUUUGUUAACAUGGAAAAACCAAAUGAAAGUAUUAAAUUAGAAAUGGAAAGUCCCGUCGAUCUAACUUUCGGUGUUAAAUAUUUAUUAGAUAUCGUUAAAGGUUCUUCUCUAUCAGAAAAAGUAGGCAUCAGAUUAUCAAGUGAAGCUCCUGCUCUUUUCCAAUUCGAUCUAUCAAGUGGGUUCUUACAAUUCUUCUUGGCUCCAAAGUUUAAUGACGAAGAAUAA